AUGGCGGCUAUUACAGCAGACCAGAAGCGGCCGGGCGAGCCUGAGAUCGUCUCGUACCCCAAGGAUGCCGAAAAGGGUGCCCCCAUGGCGGUCGAUCCCGACUCCAAGGAGGACCACGGAUCUGAUUCCGAAGACUUCCAGGAAGGUGUGCGCCGCGUGCGCGCCAUUACCACCAUCUGGACCACGAAGACGCUCUGGAGCAUGUUUGCGCUACUGUACCUCAUCUCCUUUGUCGACUACCUGCAGAAUGCGCUCGACUACGCCCUCAGCCCGUACAUCACGUCCAUGUUCCAGUCGCACGGCCUGCUCAACAUUGGCGGUAUCUUGUCCACCAUCAUCGGCGCCUGCACGCCGCUCGCGCUCGCCAAGGUCAUUGACAUUUGGGGCCGCGUCGAGGGCUUCGUCUUCAUGCUCGUCGUCUGCGUCGUCGGCAUGAUCAUGAAGGCCGUCUCCCAAAACGUCACCACCUACGUCGCCGCCCACACCCUCUACUGGACCGGCCACCUCGGCAUCCGCUACGUCAUGGGCGUCAUGAUCGCCGACAUGACGAGCCUCAAGAACCGCAUGAUCUUCAUCGGCUUCAGCAACACCCCCCGCAUCGCCUCCGCCUUUGCCGGCCCCGCCCUCGGCAAGCUCUUUUACGAGCAGGUCAACUUUCGCUGGGCCUUUGGCGCCUUUACCAUUAUCCUCAUCGCCAGCUGUCUGCCCGCCCUCGCCCUCAUGCAGUCCAUGUUCCGCAAGGCCACCAAGCAGGGCAUCAUUGAGAAGCGCGAGGCCUCGGGCCGCACUGUCUGGCAGUCGGUCAAGUUCUACAUGGUUGAGUUUGACAUCUUGGGCAUCUCCAUUCUCAUGUUUGGCCUUUCCUUCCUCCUCUUGCCCUUUAGCUUGGUCAGCCGCGCGCCCCAGAAAUGGGCCACGCCGUACAUUAUCGCCAUGCUCGUCCUCGGCGUCAUCUUGCUGCCUCUCUUUUACGUCUGGGAGGCCAAGUUUGCCCCCAAGCAGUUCCUGCCCUUCCACUACCUUAAGCAAGGCACUAUCAUCGGCUCCAGUCUUCUGGUCGCUCUCAUGUACCUGUCCACCUUUUGCUGGAACACGUACUUCAACUCGUAUCUGCAGGUUGUCCACAGACAGCAGAUUGAUACGGCCGGUUACAUCCUCAACACGUACAUGCUUACGGCGGCCUUUUUCGCGCCCGUAUUCGGUUUCCUCAUCAGCUACACGGGCGACUUCAAGUGGACCGCCUACUCUGGUGUGCCCAUCAUGCUUCUCGGCACCGCCCUUCUCAUCCCGUACCGCAGCCCGGACGCCCCGAUCGGCAUGCUCGUCUUCACCCAGUUCCUUGUCGGUCUCGGCAGUCAAAUCUUCAGCACGUGCAGCACGAUUGCCAUCAUGGCGCCCGUCACGCACCAGUACAUUGCUGCGGUCAACGCCAUCGGUGGUCUGUUUGGAGGCGUUGGCGCGUCCAUUGGUAUUGCCAUUGCCGGUGCCAUGUGGAACAACAUGAUUCCUGAGCAGCUCAGCCAGCGCCUUCCCGACGAGAUGAAGGCCAAUGCGAGCACAAUCUUCGGCGACAUGAGAGUGCAGAUUGCUUUUGCAGACGGCACCCCGGAGCGUGACGCUGUUGUUGGCGCGUACGCUCACGUCAUGCGUCUCAUGGUUAUUGUUGGUGCUGCUUUUAUGCCUCUCUGUCUUCUCUGUGUCUUCUCGUGGAAGAACAUUAAUGUCAGAAAGAUUGAGGAGGAGCAGGGCAAGCAGACCAAGGGACUGACCAUCUAA